UCCGGGAUUAUUUUUGGCUUGUUUUCGUGAUGGCAGUGCCGGAAUGUUCCGUGUUGGAUGGAGACGAGCCCAGGAAUAUCCUGCAGUGAGGCAUUUCUGCUCCUCAGCAAUGAGAGAAUCCGGCUGAGGGGGGAAGAUCCCAGUCAGUGAGAGAAGCUGCUGAGCAGGAGACACACAGGGAUCUAGGCAGCAGCUACACACAGAGAAAUGGACUCCGGCCUGAGGUCCCUGCUCUCCGACCACAGCAGAUACGUGGAAUCCUUCCGGCUGUUCCUGCUCAACUCCACCGAGCACCAGUGCAUGCAGCGCUUUAUCGACACCCAGUUUCCCCACAUCGUCUCCAGUAUAGGGAAGGACAAGUCGGUGAUUGAUAUCCUGGGCAUUGGAAGUGGAUCAGGUGAGAUCGACCUGCAGAUGAUUGGCAAGAUCCAGUCUCGACACCCAGGCGUCGCCAUUAGCAACCAGAUUGUGGAACCAAGCGCUGAGCAAAUCAUUGGCUACAAGGAGCGCGUGGCUAAGGCCCCCAACCUGGGCGCGGUCUCCUUCUCGUGGCACCGCCAGACCUCCAGCGAGUAUGAGCGCCAAGUCAAUGAGGAGAAACAGAUGAGAAGUUAUGAUUUCAUUCAUAUGAUCCAGAUGUUAUAUUAUGUAAAGGAUGUUCCAGCAACAUUACGGUUCUUUAAAAGCUGCCUGGCACCCAAUGGGAAGCUCUUGAUCAUUCUCGUAUCAGGUAACAGUGGGUGGUCCAUGCUAUGGAAGAAACACGGCCCGCGGCUCCCGCUGAACGACCUCUGCCUGUACGUUACGGCGGGGGACAUCGCCCAGAUGCUGAGUUCAAUGGGCACCCGGUUCCAGAGCUACGAACUGCCGUCUGACAUGGACAUCACGGAAUGUUUCAUCGAGGGGGACAGGAACGGGGAAAUGCUGUUGGACUUUCUGACCGAGACCUGCGACUUUAAGAGAAAUGCCCCCGCUGAUCUCAGGGAGCAGAUUCUCUGCGACCUAAAAAGCCCCGAGUGUAGUACGACCAGGGAUGGGAAGGUGAUCUUUAACAACAACCUUAGUGUGAUUGUGGUGGAGAGGGAUUAGUUCAUCUCAUGUGGGGAACAUGAAAUCCUUUGUCUAACUACAUAGAGUGAUUGCACUAGUGCAGUAACCCAUAGCAACCAGCCAGCAGUUACUUCUGAUGAGUCUACAGCAGUUCAUUUACACAUUGGGGGGCUGGUCCUUCUAGAGGGACUGAGGGCCUUAGUCAGAAGCCUGGUUGGGGGGAUAGUUGAGUAGAUUACAUGUUUGCCCUCAUAGAUACUUCUGGAAGCCCACUUUGAAGGUCAAGCUAGAGUGAGAGUUGGGAUAAACACUGAUUAUCUCUACCAUAGAAUUCUGUAAGGGGAGGGUCCUGAUCAAAUGUUUCUCAAAUGGGGGCUUGUACCAAAAAAUAGUCAGAAGAUCACUGGUCUCCAGCAAGCUAGAGAACAGAUUAAUCCCUUGAGAUGGUGCAAGAUAGAUAGUAUAUAGGCAGACUAAUCCCUUGAGAUGGUGAUGAUCUAGAACCCUCUAGAAACUCUAUGAAGGUUGUUCACCCCUGAAAUAGACAAUGAAAGCUAAUUCGUGAUUGGUUGCUGUGGGUUUUGUGACUAAUGUACCCCCCCUUGGAUUUGUCUUUACAGUGCCCUAAUCCUACAUAGACCGCAUUCCCCCACUUCCAUAAUUACUUACCGACCCCACAGCCAAGGUUCCUUACUGAGCUAAUAAACACCGGAUCUCCAUACUAU